AUGCAUUAUUUAUUUCUCUUAUUAUGGUGCAUUAUUUUAAAAUGUUAUGUAAGAAGUCAAGAGUCUGCCACAAAUUUCUAUAAAUUUAUUGAUUCCUUUGCAUCGUCUACAUAUAUAUCGGAGGAAUCUGGAAGUUCACUUUAUGAUGCUAAAAGGGCUAUACAGAAAAACCCUAGUUAUUGGUGCAGUUCUGGAAAUCAUUCAAAGGAUGAAGAAAUUACUUGGACUGGUUAUUUAAAUACAAAAGGGUUUAUUAAAGGUGUGAAAAUAUCAUGGGAAUACAGCCCAGAAUUAGUAAGCUUGUCUGUGUCUGCUGAUGGAGAAAAUUAUAAGAACGUUAUUCCUUAUAGAAGAAUUUCGGGAAAUGAAGCAUCUUUUGAUGAGAUAUACUUUUUUAAAAAAUUAGAAGAAGCUACAUCAAUAAAAAUUGGACUAAAAAAUGCUAUUCACAAAUAUUUUGGAAUAAGAGAAGUUAAGAUUAUUGGUGGAGGAAAUCCACACUUUUUAUUAUUGUCAGGAAUUACAAGUGAACAUGAAAUGUGUCUACAGGUAGAGGAAGGACUAAUAAAUAAUGAUAACACUUCAGUUAUUUUAGAUUCUUGUAUUAACGCUUUAGCAGCCGGAGAUGGUAGGGAAUUAUGGAAAACUAACUCCAAUAAUCAAAUAAUUAGCGCUUUUAGUGAUCCUCCUAAGUGUUUAUCUGUAAUUAAUUUAGAUAAUUUAGAAACUAAUAAAAUCGUUUUAUAUGACUGUUUAAGAGCUUUGGAAGAUGGUGAUGGAAAAUCUAAUUGGAUAUUUGAAUCUAAUUCACAGAUUCGAUUACAGAAAAGUGGUGAACCUUUGUGUAUUUCUCAAAAAAAUAUUUACGGAAAUGUACCUGGAAUUCAUGACAUUCUUCUUAAUAUGGACGUGUCUGUUGAUUCUAAUUCCACCUUAGAUGAUGAUCAUAAUCCUGAUAAUACUGUAGAUGGAAACUUGAAUAGUUAUUGGGCUUCGGCAACUUUUGCAGAUAAUUAUGAGCAUUUGGUUUACUUUAUCAUAGACUUAAAUAAAUUUGCAGAGAUAUCCAGGAUAAAAAUUUAUUGGGAAUAUCCACCUUUGCAUUACAGUAUUGCAGUUAGCACCGACAAUCAAAAUUAUAAAAUAGUUGUUGAAACUUUAGCUAAUCCUAGUUUUGUAACAAUAGAUACUUUAAAAAAUAUAGAAACAAGGUAUAUUAAAAUAUCAAUGAUUAAACCUCAUCCGAAACAUGGAGAAAUGGGUGAUCAAUUCUUAUAUGGAAUAAGGUCUAUAGAAGUACAGGCUAACAAUUUAGAAACAAUUUUAAGCUAUUGCAGAGAUUCCGCUAAUUCAGACGACGCCAGAGAUAAAUAUUUCGUUGAAUAUAUUACUGAAUUUGAUCAAGAUUUAACGAGGAAAUUAAUUAAUCUUGAAGAAGAUGUAUCAAAAAAUGUAAAUUCUAUCAGUGAUAAUUUGUCUAAGCUAGAAGAAUUAUUACCUAAUAUUGAAACAUGCUUACAAGAAAAAAAAGGGUAUGAUGAAGAAUUAAAAGAAUCUAACGAGAAAGUAAAUGAGUUAAAUGACAAGCUUUCAUCAUUAACAUCCGUAAAUUUAAUUCACGAUAACGAUAUACUUAGAUUAGGGUUACUUCCUGGUGACGCUUCAUCCUAUCCAGCUAACGAUUGUUCAGUGAUUAAAAAUCUUCAAGAAACUCCACAGUCAGGAUUUUAUUGGAUUAAACCAAAGUGUGCACCUGAGCCAUUGAAAGUUUAUUGUGACAUGACUUCAAGUACUUCUAUAUAUGUGUGGAAUGGAAAUCCUCCCAAGUCUCCUGAUCAUUUAAUAACAAAUAUUAUAAAUUCAGUUGAUGAUAUUAGACAACAUUGCGCUGAAGUUGGUUUGGAGCCAUUAAUAUUAAGAUCUAAAGGUCAGUUGAACGCUUUAAUUUUAUCAUUAAAAAAAAUGGGAUUCGCGCUAAAUGGAAAAAUUAAUAUUCCAUUAGCUUAUGAUUAUUCCUGUGAUCAUGGUAGUUGUAGUGGAAAGUUUCAUGACUUGUUGAAUGGUAAUAUCGAUUUAACAACAUUAAUUUAUUUAAAAGCAUCUGAAUCACCUGAUAGCACAAAAAUUAGACAAACUGCUGGGAUAUCCUAUGAUGAUGGAUCUUUCAAAUUUUUUAAUUUAGAGACAUCAGAUAUAUCUGCAAUAGUUUGCUCUACUAAUUCAACGGAAAAUGAUGCUGUAUUACAAUAUCUGAGCAUAACAUGUGGUACAACAGCACUUGAAGAUCAUUUCAAUUCAAUUGUAAAUACUAAUAUAGUUGUUCUAUGUCCAAUAGGAUGUGAUAAUAAACAAUUUCAAAAAUCUGCAGUAUAUGGAAGCAAAGGAAUAUAUUCAGACAAUAGCUCUAUUUGUAGGGCAGCAAUUCAUUCGGGUGUAAUAGAUAAUAAAGGAGGCUUAGUUAACAUUACCAUUGAAUCUGGGUUAGACCGAUAUGAAGGUUCAAUAAAUAAUAAUAUAGAAUCUAUUUCAUUAAAUAAAGAACCCGAUGGAUUGUUUGAUAUAAUUACUGAUGAAAAAGAAGAAAAGGUUAAACAAGAAAGUAGUCCUUUUCAUCAUAGAACCAUAAGAGUAAGUAGUAUGUCUGAUGAUUGUCCUAUGGAUUUAUUUCAGUACAAACAAACAUCUUUUGUUCAGAAGGAAAAUAUGAUAAGAGAACAAAAUGAGGUGAAAUACAAUGAAGAAGAAAAUACAGAAAUUGUAAAAUUUCAUGAAUUAAUAGGUGAAUUAUUAAAUAAUAUUGAUGCUAUUCAUGGAGUUGACUCUUCUGUAAUUUCAAUCGUUCAAGAUGAAACAACAAGAGUUAUAGAAAAGUCUAAAAAGGAAUUAAAACCAGCUGAUAUGUUAUCAAAAAAGCAGAUUGAAGAUGCUAUAAAUUUGUACAAUCUGACAGAAAAUUUAGCAUUAUAUUUAUACGAUUUAUCGGAAAAAUAUAUAUAUGAUUUGGAAAAAUUGAAAGAACACUUAGAUGAAUUAAAAAAAGACCAAAAAGUUGCUCAUAAUUUUGGUACAUUCAAGUUGAAUUAUGAAACUAUGAAUUUUUCUUCUCAUUUCCAUGUUUUUGAUUCAAAAUUAAUAAAAAAUAAGCCUAGUACAUGGGGAUAUGCUGAUACAGAUAUUCUGGGACAUAAAAAUAGUAUUGGUCAAAUGAGUAGCAUAUCAAACACAGAAAUAGGUGAAGGAUAUUAUGCUAAAUUAAAGGGGUUAAAUUUUUAUGACUUUGAAAUAAAAGUAAGUAUGUUGGGUAGAGGAAAUGGGUGUUUGGGUAUAGUAUUUAGAGCUAAAGAUGAUUUUAAUUUUUAUUUAUUUGAUGUAUGCGAUAAAGAGGGAGUAAAAAGAUUGUCAAAGGUAGAAAAUGGUCAAGUAGACAUUUUAAAGGAGAACCAUGGAGAUGUUUCCAUAAAUAAUCAAUGGAAUAAAUACAGAAUUGUGGCAAGGCAUGCAAAUAUUGAUAUUUAUGAAGUAGACCAUAAUUCAAAUGAAAUUAAGAUAUUAAACUCUUUAGAUGAAAGGUUUUUAUCUGGUACUGUUGGCUUAUAUUCUCAGUUAGUUGGUCAGGGAACCUUUUUUGAUGAUCUUGAAAUUAUAGCCCUCCCAUGCACAGAAUUAUCAAAAAUGAAAUGGAAUAACAAGAAUACAACAUCUAAUUGUCCUUAUUAUAAGGAAACUUAUAUAAAUGAAACAUUACCAUAUAUUGUAAUUAACGAUAUGUAUUAUAAUUGGAACUUUGAAAAGGAUGAUGAUAAUAAUUACUUAUUAUGUUCAAAAAAUAUAAAGGAUGAUAGUGCUUCGAACGUAGAAAUGCAUACUACUAUAGCACUUUUAAAACAAAGAAUGUGCUCUGAUGGGAACUUUACUUUUGAUAUAAAUUUCUCUGACGAUAAUAAAAUUACGGAUAAUAGUAAAUCAUAUGUAUAUGUACUUUUUCACUUUGAAGAUGAACAUAAUUUUAAUGCACUUGAAAUUACAAAAGACAACCUUAGAUUUAUAAAUUAUAGGAACAAUGAACCAACAGUAUUAUCUGAGUUCAAAGAUAAAGAAAAAUCAAAAUAUAUAAUAACAGAAAAUGAAUGGAUUAAAGUCAGUUUACACUUUGAUAAAUUAAAGUUCAAGGCGAUUAUAAGUAAUAACGACGAUGAAUUAGUACUAGAUACAAAUAAGGUUGAUUUAGGUAUGAUUCGUCCAGGACAAGUUGGCUUCAAGAUUCACAAUUUUAUUAAGGUAAAAUUUGAUUCCAUACUUCUUUCAUCUGCUGCAUCAAACUUAUAUGAAAAUUUUGUUCAAACUAAAUCUAAAGCAUGGGGCACAUGUGAAGAAGCCAUACAUGUGUUAAAUAGGAGGUCUUCAUGCGAGACUGAUAUAUAUCCAAAUGAGACAAAAGAAAAACAUAUUAAAUGCAUUACAAAUUUCUGUGAAGAAUGUUGUUUACAUCAUACACAACUAUUAGACAUCAAUGAGAAAAAACAGUGUGAGAAACACUGUAAAAAGAAUGACCAUUUGGCAGCUAAAAUGCAAACACUUUUUGAAAAGUUCUUAAAUAAAUGUGUUUCAAUGGAAGAAAAUAAAGAUUAUGAAAAGUGUGAUAAUAAUGAUACAGAGUGUAAGAAUAAAAUAUGUGUACUUUGUUGCAAAAAAAAUGAUCCUACAACUUCUAAGGAAUUAAAGGGUUUAUCUUUACGUAAAUCAAAAGAUGUGCAACAAAAAGAGAUAAUUGAGUGCCAGUUUCAGUGUAACCAGGUUCAUCCAACAAAUGAAUAA